GUCUGGAAGGCGUGACAUCAUGCAAAUACAGCUUUAUGAAGUAAGUGCACUGAACCCGAGCAGCUAGAGCAUCGUUGCCCUUUAUACUCAGCGCUCGGCGAACAGUCACUGCGCGUCAAGGCUUUUACGCACGCAUGUGUUUUUACAUCUGACCUGGUUUAAAAGUUUGGGAUUUCUGCACAUUUUUCCACCCAGUGAGUGCGCAUUCUCUGAUUGCAUGUGAACGUCUGAAGCUCCUUGAAGUGAGUAUUUUCCCAACAUUUGAACAUGAGCGACGAAGCGCACUCACAUCUGGGGCUGCAGAAACCUUCAAUGGAUUUCGUCACCGACUUCGACCUAUUGAAGUUCGGAGUGAAGAAGGAGUCGAUGCAGGGGGGGGACCGCUCCUUUAUCGGACCGUGCAGCCAGCUCCAGAGGCCAGACUCUGUCUCAUCCACUCCUGGCAGCACCCCCUGCAAUUCUGUGCCCUCCUCGCCGAACCUGCAUCCAAACGAGCAGAGACACAACCCCGGCGGCGAACACUUCUGGAUACACAGCAACGGGGGUUACCCACAGCAAAUGUACCCGCAACCGUUUGGCCUCACACCCGAGGAUGCCGUGGAGGCCCUCAUCGGAGCCACGGCUCAGCAAGGACACCCGUCAGUGCCCCACAACCAUCAUCUACCGCCUUUCCAAGCCGAAUAUGAGGGAUACGGUCACCUGAGCGAGUCCGUCCAACAGUACCCAGGUUUACCGGGUCACCCCGACAUACCGGGCAUGCCUGGUGCACACUGCCAGGAUCCUUAUCUAAAAGAUGAGCAGGGUAGCGCGUCCCCCGAGUCUCCAGGGGAGCCGCAGGUCUUCGGUGCGCACCAUCACCACCACCACCAUCUUCAGCAGCAACAGCAGCAGCAGCAAAGCCGCCACGACCGGAAGUCCAUGGGCGACCUCCCUUUCUCCGACGACCAGCUAGUGUCCAUGUCAGUCCGGGAGCUGAACCGGCUCCUCAGGGGCCUGAGCAAGGACGAGGUGAUGCGUCUGAAGCAGAAGCGCCGGACCCUGAAAAACCGAGGCUACGCGCAGUCGUGCCGUUACAAGCGCGUCCAGCAGAAGCAUAUCCUGGAGCACGAGAAGACGAGCCUGGUGUCCCAAGUGGAGCAGCUGAAACACGAACUGAACAGACUGGUCCGGGAGAGGGACGCCUACAAACUAAAGUGCGAGAAACUGUCCGGUGCCAACUGCUUCCACGAAACCGGCUCCACUAGUGACAACCCGUCCUCACCCGAGUAUUUAAUGUGAGUGUGUGGAAUUUUUCUGCAUGUGGACUCAACAACUGUCCUCAGGAUGCGUCCACCUAUGAAUACUGUUGCUCUGUGGUAUUUGGGGGCUGCAACUAACACAAAAUAAUUAUCGAUUCAUGUUUUUUAUGAUUCCGAUCAGUUUUCCGAUUAGCCAUUUAUUUGAUAUAAUGCAUAAGUUGUUUGAUCAAGAGCUUUUUGUUUUGUCCAAAAAAAGAAAGAAAGAUAUUUACUGGAAAUAGAGCAAAGAAACUAGCACAUAUUCACAACACUGGAGCUAAAGAAUCAGAAUUUUAUUUUAUAAAAUCACUGAUUAUGAAAUCCCUGUCGAUUGUCUCUCAGUUUAAAUCAAUACAAACCAAUCAAUAAAUGGUUGCAGCCCUAAAGGACACGACUAAUAUAAUUAACAAGGCAACGAGCUAUGAAUUGAGAAUUACUAUAAAGCAUGCAUGCAGGACAUGUAUGAGGACUUUAUAUUCUUUGUAUGUUAUGCGGGCGUUUUUGUCUAAGGCAUUUGUCUAAGAGGUGGUACUUGAAAUCAAAGAAUAUUCCCUUUUGAUGACUACACCAUUUUAUCCUUGAUCCCUCUGCAUCAGUUACUGCUCAGUUUUUAUUUUUAUUUUCUUUUUCUGAUGAUUUAGAUUACUUUCCUUUCCUCCUUUCCGAAGUUCAAUGGGUGGGUUUCUGUUUUGUUUCCUUAGAAAAAGUAAAACGUACUAAAAAAAAAAACAGAUAAAUUUUAUUCAUGAUAUUUUUAAGAGAGGUGAUUCUGCUGGACAGGUUUUUCUUUGUUAUUUCUUUAAGAAUAAUAUGCAACAAUAUAAAAAUGUUUUUCAUUUACUGUGGAUCAAUAAACCUAAGAUGUGACUUUUUAAAA